AUGGGACUAUCUAGUGAGAGCCAAGAGAGCACAACCGCAGUUAGUCCGGGAGUCGGAGGGAAAGUCAAGAAGCCGGGGAAGCGGGGCCGGAAGCCAGCCAAGAUUGAUCUGAAGGCAAAGCUCGAGAGGAGCAGGCAGAGCGCGCGAGAAUGCAGGGCCAGGAAGAAACUGAGGUACCAGUACUUGGAAGAAUUGGUGUCCAGCCGAGAGCGAGCAAUCUGUGCCCUCCGCGAAGAACUGGAAAUGUACAAGCAGUGGUGCCUGGCCAUGGACCAAGGAAAGAUCCCUUCGGAAAUCCAGGCCCUGCUCACCAGCAGCGAGGAGCAGAGCAGGAUCCAGCAGGAGUCCAGCAAGCAGCCCAAGGUGGGCAAGGCAGAGACGAGUAACAACCCCUCCUGGUGAAGAUGCCGUCCGCGGCCGUGCUCGGCUCUCACGCGGGACGUCAGGCGACCACUUGCCACCCAAGAGCCACCUCUUUCAAGAAGCGGGCCACUCCGAAGCCGAUGCUUGCCGGAAGGGAAGUGACACGCUUUGACCGGCGGCGAGAAGGAGGUGUCAGGACGUCUGCGGAGGCACGGUCCGGUCUGCCGCCAAGUGACUGCCUACCAGCGCCCGGAAACCCCACCAGGGAUCGGAGAACUGGCAACUCCAACUCCACAUCUCCAUUGGAUUUUGUCAUACGGUGUCAUUUCAUUGCCUUCUGCCUUGUCGGUCGUCUUUCCCAACGGCCCCGAGGGCCACAGAUGGUUUCCCGUAGAGGCCACUCCAGCUCCUCGGGACCCCCAGUCGGAGCUGGGAGUGCACGUUAAUGGCUCCUCCUGUUUGUCUUUUUGGAGCGCACAGUAGCAUCUCUACAGAUGCACAUACAGGGGGAUAUCCGUGUGAAAAGCCUACUGGGGAGCCUCCGUUUCUAACCUCGUAAAUUGUGGCGAUGGAGUAGGGGAAACGCCUCAUGGGUUGCGGCCAAUCUGGUCAGCAAAGUUAGCAAGAAGUUGUUUGCCACGUAGGGCACUCUGUCGAGCGUGCAUGCAUGUGUGUGAAGAGUGUUCCCCCAAUUUUCUCAAGUCAAGCCAAGCCUGCCCGGAGGAUCGUUCUGGCGGCCGGUGAGGUGGGGCGGGGGCAAACGGUUCAGAUUAGCUGCUGCUGCUCUGAGCUCCUAUUUCUACCUCGAGAGGUCUUUCCUGAAAUGAAGAUGGGCUCUAGAUGCUGCUAGAAUGAGAGAGAGUGUGUGAGAGAGAGAGAGAAAGAGACAGAGAGAGAGAGAUGAAUGAAUUUCCUGGCAAGAGCCAAAGCAAACUGUCGACUGGGGCAGUCAGGUGAGCUGGGAGAGGAAACCCAGUUAGGUCCACUGGGGAAGAGGUUUUCCUUCCUCCAGGCGUGCUCCCAGGUUGGGGUUCUUCCCGGCCUCUUUCCCAGGGAGUUGAGUUUGGGAGCCGAUUGGCAGGCCGAGUUUGGGAAAUGGUUUUGGAUUCUUUACUUGGCUCCUUCCAGACCUCUCAGCACAGAGAGCCGUGGCUGGUCUUUGGAGCGAUUCUCCAGAGGAAACUCUGUCUUGGAGCCCAGACCUGCCCAGGGCAGACUUACAGCCUGGCAAAAACUGGGCACAGGCGGGCCCAGGGAAAGCCUGGCAUCCCACGAGGCGUCGGGAAGCCCGAGCAGAAAGUUCCUUUUCUGUAACUGGAAGGUGCGCACAGAAGUCACCAAAGCCACCGUGAAGCGAUUCCCUCGCCAGAGAAGAUCGGUGGAAUCCUUGCCUUCCCUUGAAGAGGGUCGAGUUUUGGUCCAGGCUGCUCGCUGUCUGUCCAUGAGUGUGAGAAAACCCUCGUUUGGUCAUCGGUGGGUUGCUCUAAUCAAAAGCCCGGCCGGGGUCUCUCUCCUGGUGAAAAGCCAUCUUAAUCGCUCCCGGGGGAGAACUUUCCUUCUGGCCAGGAGGCCAGGGCAGGGACCAGUUAUCAGAGACCCCCAGAAUUCCCCACCCACUCUAGAAAAAGGUGAGGAAAAUCGGCCAGUUCGGCUCUCCUAAGCUGUGUCCUUCUGUGGGCGGAGCCCUGGGGGAGUUUAUUGAAAUACCUCCCCUUUAAAAAAAUUUUUUUUUCUUAUUUUAAUGCCAGGCUGUCAGCUUCCAGGUCUAAUUUAUCACUGCAUCCGAGCGACGGCAGAGCUCUCCUAAUCCAGUUUGACCAAACUAUCUCCCCGCUGGGAAGUAGUCCUUUAAUACAAUUGUUUCCUCAGUUGGGGGCCGGGAGAGACUCCCCAGUUCAGCUGCGACAGACUGCUCCUUCCCACACUGGUGAGCUGCUGUGUUUUAGGGGAGACAGCGUCUCCUAAAACAGCCACUGAGCAAGUAGGUCACCCUCAGAUUAAAUAGGUCACGACUGGACACUGGCACAAUGGAUAGCCAUUGAAUUUGGUUCAGAUCAAGAAUGGGAAAAUAGGAGAACUUAAUUGGAACAUUCACAGGAAAUCUGUUGGGUGUAUUUCUGUCGGAAAGAAAAGGUCCUCCAUCAGUUUUAAGUCGCUGCAUUCUUUUUUCUAAACAAAACGAGAUUUCUGGGGUACCGACCCAUGUUUUUCUUCCUCUGAAGAGCACCGCACAUCCGUCUUUAUCAAACCGAAAGCCCAGAGGGAAGGAAAAGUCGGUCUAUUUCUCUAAACUGCGUGUCUCAAAAUAUUACUUCCCGGCCUGAGUGCGGGUUUUAAGAUGGAGCUGUCAGUGUUUGCUUGGGGGAAGGAUGCAGCCAACUCUACACUGGGUUGUUAAACCCCCAAAAUGAUUGCACUUGGAAUGAGUGACUCGCCGAUCCACAGAGAAUUCUCACCCAAAUGGGGUCGGGGCAGGACCCGUAACUGUAGGUAGGUCCAUUGUCGGUCCCUGGCAAGCAGCGUGGACGGUCAAACCCAGUCCGAGGGCAAAAACGGACAAGCCUUCUCAGACCCAGGUGACGAAGCUGAGGUAAACACCCCCCCGGGACCGCGGGACUGGGCCACAGAGGGAUUUACGCUUCUUCGCUUGGCUGGUCUCCUCAACAGGAGGUGAGCAAAACAGAGUAGGGAAUCCUGGAAGGCAAAUAAGGUGGGACCAUUACGGGGCAGUCUUAACCAGUGGGGGGAAAUCAAGUCUGGGACAGACACCCCACAGCCCAGAUUGGAAUUGGGAAUAACCUUGAACGGGCCAGAUUUGCAGGGGUUAGGCCAGGUUGUACUCCGUCCGUGAACCUUAAACUCGACAGAACGUCGGUCCCACGGCCCGGAGAGGCCGAGUCUCUUAGAUGGUCCGUGGGCUCUGGCUGCACCCAUGGCGUGAGUUCCUUAGAGACCUACAGAGGAUGGUUCUUACGUGUAAAGCCCAAGCAACGACCAUCCGUCUCCCUCCAGCCCUGGAAAGGAGGGGUGACGGGGCCUGCCCAAACCCGACCGGACUUGGCUUUAGGUCGGCCUUCCUUCCCACUAACCCGUGGGGGCCCACGCCAGGGGACCGCGAGGUGAAGGCUGGCUUUCGGGACACACUUGUCGGCGUUCCCGGGGGCCACCUGCCUGAGAAAAGCCGCCACAGGAAAUCUAGCACCCCGCGAUGUCCCCCACGCCUGUGGGUAUCAGUUGAUCCCCCGUAAAAACAUUUCCGCCUCUGCGUGGGUACCACCGACCCCCCGCCAGACCCUGAAAACACCAGGUUCCCCCAGGUUCGCCUUUCUAAUGCCAUGCUUGAGGUUUCAACUCUGCCUUUCUGCAUUAUCCCCCCCCAACUGACCUUGCCUCACUUUCCCAUUUUCAUUGGCAUUUUCUGUUUCUGACCAAGUGGAAUGCGUGUCCGCGCUCUGCACCCUGUGGGUGCUCAAUAAAAUAUUUGUGGACUGAC